UCUUCAUUAAUCUGCUGUGGUUUCUGUGUUCACUCUGAUCAGUGUUGUCGAGAUGGCGUCGGAACCGAACAAGACAGAAAUUCUCACCAUUUUUAAACGACUGCGCUCCAUCCCCACAAACAAGGCCUGCUUUGACUGUGCUGCUAAGAAUCCGAGUUGGGCUAGUAUUUCCUAUGGCGUGUUUUUGUGCAUUGACUGUUCUGGAAUUCAUCGCUCCUUGGGAGUGCACCUAAGUUUUAUCAGAUCCACGGAGCUGGAUUCCAACUGGAGCUGGUUUCAGCUGAGAUGUAUGCAGGUUGGAGGCAAUGCCAACGCGAUGGCUUUUUUUCGUCAGCAUGGCUGUACCACCAACGACACCAAUGCGAAGUACAACAGUCGUGCAGCUCAGAUGUACAGAGAGAAAAUUCGACAGCUUGCCAACGCUGCACUCUCCAAGUAUGGCACUGAGCUGUGGAUUGAAAGCUCCGGCUGUGCUCAGCCUUCACCUUCAGAGAAGAAAGACACUGAUUUCUUUGAUGAGCACACACAGCCUGCUAACAGCUGGGACAUGGCAUCACCAACACCAGCAGAUCAAAAUGGAGCCAUAACUUUAACCCCUCAACUGGAGCAGAGUUGUAUUAAGAUUUCAGAGACUACUAGCCCCCAGCCUGAAGAAGGUCCGAGUAUUGAAGGACUGAGCACAAGUCCUAAAGCCACAAUAGAGGACUCAAUGAGAUUGACGUCAGACGAGUCACAGCCUCAUAAAGAAGUAAAACCCUCCAUCAUUGGAAAGAAGAAGCCAACUGCUGCAAAAAAAGGGCUUGGUGCUAAAAAGGGUCUUGGAGCCCAGAAGGUGAGCAGCAAGAGCUUCACCGAGGUGGAGAAACAAGCACAGGUGGCUGAGAAACUGAGAGAGGAACAGGUUGCUGAGGCCAAGAAACAAGCCGAGGAAUCCACAGUGGCCUCUAUGCGACUGGCCUACAAAGAGCUAGAGAUUGACAGGAAGAUUGAGGAGAAGAAACUGCAGAACAUGGAGGGGAAGAAGAAGGAACAGGCGGAGAGGUUGGGCAUGGGAUUCGGCAACAGGAGUGCCGUGUCUCACUCUGUGAUGGCUGAGAUGCAGGUGAUUGAGCAGGAGACCCCGGUGGGAGUCAAAUCGUCCUCUCGCUCUAAGCUGGACAUGUUUGAUGAGCCUGGAUUUGCCUCCGGACCACCAAAGUACAAGGACAACCCUUUCACAUCAGGAGACAGUUUUGGGUCACGGUGGGACAACGAUGGAGCAUCAUCUUUCUCCUCCUGGGCUCUGGAGAAGGAGGAGCCUAAAGAGAGUGAGGUCACCAUCUCAAGCAUCCAGCCAAUCGGAGAAAGGUUGCCCAGCCGGCGGAAGCCCGAGGUGUCUGUGGCAGGCAUGGAGUCUAGUGAAGCACAACAGAAGUUUGCCAAUGCUAAAGCAAUCUCCUCUGACAUGUUCUUCGGCCGUGAGAGCAAUCCAGAGUAUGAGGCAAAGACUCGUCUUGAGGGAAUGUCUGGCAGUACCUCCAUCAGCUCUGCUGACCUCUUCGGUGAUGGCAGUGUCCGCUCCUCAGGCUCAUCAGGAUUCGACAGUGUGCUUCCCUCUGGUCCAGACAUUGCCCAGUUCAAGCAAGGUGUGAAGACUGUUGCAGGGAAGAUGGCAGUGCUAGCUAAUGGGGUUAUGAACACCAUUCAGGAUCGCUAUGGAUCUUAUUAACAGGACUGCAUUAGACUGAAAUGGAAGUCUCAUUGUACAAGAUGCUCAUCACUGCUGAUUGGAUCUGCUCUGUCUGUCUUACAUGAAUACACAAAUCCGAGAGAGACAAAAGACCUGGGAGCUCCCAAUCUCCCCCCAGACCACUUUAGACACUCUUGCUGACAGUAUUUUAGUUUACUUUUGGAAGACUUGUGUUUUAUUUUCUGAUAACAGAAGCACUGGGAAAAAGUGUAAAGUUUGUUUUCAUAAUCACAGUGCUCUCUGUUUUAACCAACGGGUCCUGUUUCUAUGCCAUGUACUGGUCUCUGAUUUCAAAUAGUGAUGGAUUUGAUAAGUAUUCUUCGGAAUUAAAUGUAACCUAUAGCGCUAAUACGUUCUCAUGGCCUUUUUUAUUUUUUUUAUUUUAACGAUGUCAUAUUAAGUCCACCAAGCAUUCAUUGAAUGAGGAAAGGGAACCAUAUGAAAAAAAAUGUGUUAUAGGCUUAUUUAUACAUUUUGCACCCAAUGAUUUACAUUUUGAUGCAUUACCAUGGUUUUAUUAAGACAGUUUUGAAUGACUGGUGAAGCGUGUUGCCUUUUGCUUAAGGUGACUUGACGUACAUCCUAAAGUUUAGGUUUAAUUUUCAGUGGUGUAUAAAAAUAACGGUAAUAUUGUGCAAUAUGUCCUCACAUGUCAGGGGUCAAGAUCUCAAGGUGUUUUGUAGAUGCAACUGCUUGAGUGAUACCUGGGAAUUUUUGGCUAAAUCAAGACUUAAAGACCAAACCAUGUUUGUUUCCAGCAUUCACUCACUCCCUUUUGAAAAUCCUCAGAAAACAGAAACCCAACUGAGUGACCAACUACCAAAAUUGAAAGGUGACGUGUUAUUUCAGCUCCACCGGUGGCACAAAGUGGAAUUGCAAUAUGUUUGAGUGGCCUAACUGGGCGGGACUUAAUAUUGGCUCAGCCAAUGGUGUGAGUCUGUGGCAGGUGAAAUGGAAUGAGAAUUUCAAAUUUGUAUGCAGACAGUCAUUAUUUUUGCAAUUCUGUUUGGUGCUGCUAGUUUAACGUAACACUCAGCGUUGUGCAGACAUGUUCAGUUUAAUAAAAUGACAGCUGACUAAAAAUGAAAAUAAUUUUAAAUUCACCUGUUUUUGUGAUGUAAUCAGUUCUCUGGCAAUGUGCAUGUGCAACACUGUUUACUAGUACAUGCAUUUUUUUUUUCUUUCUUUAUUUGGGAUUAUACCAGACUGAGCAGGGGAACAGUAUUUGUUUUUAAACUCCUCACAGAAUGUCUGCCUGUCUGUUUGUAUCCCAAUGCAAAAUUUGAAAAUAAAUAAACAAUCCAACAACAAUCUGUAAUAAAAACUAUUUAUUGUUGCCUGCUGAGCAAAAUGUAUUGACAUUUGUGUGAAUAAAGAUUGAAAUUCCCCACAAAA